ACAAACCAAAACUUACAACAAGUCAACCUUAAUGGUCGUAGAACUGCGUUUAGUCAACAGCAGCUACCAUACCAUCACUAACUAUUAGCCCAGGAACUGGUGGAAAAGGCAAAAGCCCAGAGACUAAAAUUCAAUGGAGAAGAAGCUUUCGGCCAUGUUUAUCACUGCUCUUUUGCUGUUUUCUUUCGCGAAGCUUUCUGUGGCAGUUGAUGUCAUGACUCAAUCUCAGUCCAUCAAAGACGACGAGUCGUUUUUGGUUUCCAAAGACGGGAGUUUCGAAAUGGGGUUUUUCAGUCCCGGUAGUUCUAAAGCCCGUUACUUGGGAAUCUGGUACAAGAAUAUCCCAGUUCAAACUGUCGUUUGGGUGGCCAACAGGAGCAAGCCAAUCAACGAUUCAUCUGGAGUCUUGACGGUUAACAAAACGACAGGUGAUUUUCUCCUUCUGAGUCAUAACCAGACUGUCGUUUGGUCAACAAACUCGACUGCGAAAGCUCAGAGUCCUCUGUUACAGCUCUUGGAUUCUGGGAACCUUGUGCUUAGAGAUGAAAAGGACGAAAACCCAGAAACGUUCUUGUGGCAGAGCUUCGAUUUUCCAUGUGAUACUCUGCUGCCGGGGAUGAAGCUCGGCUGGAACAGGAGGACUGGUUUGAACCGUCGAUUAUCGGCCUGGAAGAGCUCCGAUGAUCCAUCUCCAGGAGACUUGAGUUGGGACAUGGAGCUUCGUGAGUUCCCAGAGCCCGUUAUGUGGAAUGGGACGAAGGAGUUCCUACGAAGUGGACCAUGGAAUGGACUUCAGUUUAUUGGAAAGCCAACGAAAGCUCUUCCUCUGUUGAAGUUCAGCUUUCACUCCGAUGAAGAUGAAGUGUACUUCACUUUCGUCUUGGCAAAUGAGUCUGUGAUUGGAAGAAUGGUUUUGAACGAAACGCUGUUCAAUCGACGAGCGUUGGUUUGGUCAGAUGCAGAGCAGAACUGGACUACUUACGCUACUUUCCCGAGAGACCAGUGCGAUAGGUACGGCUACUGUGGUGCCAAUUCCAACUGUGUUCUUGCACUAAACCCUGUAUGUCAAUGCUUAGACAAGUUCAAGCCCAAGUCAUUAGACAAAUGGAGAUCAAACGAUUGGUCAUCUGGAUGUGAAAGGAAAAAGGCACUGAAGUAUUGCCAAAACGAUGACGGUUUCGCCAAAUAUGAAGGGCUGAAAUUGCCUGAUACGACACAUACUUGGGUUGAUCACAACAUGAGUUUAAAGGACUGCAGAGGUAAAUGCUCGAGCAACUGUACUUGUAUGGCUUAUGCAAAUACUGAUGUUAGAGAUGGUGGUAGAGGUUGUGCUAUCUGGUUUGGUGAUCUGAUCGAUAUCAAACAGAUUCCAGGAGGAGGGCAGGAUCUAUAUGUUCGACUUUCUGCCUCUGAAGUAGGGGCUAAUAAAGAUGAUAAAUGGAAGAUAGGAGUGAUAGUUGCUUCUGCCGUUGUUAUUAUUCUCGGCCUGAUUUUAGCUUACUGCUGCUACAACUACAUUUCCCACAGGAAGAACAACUCCCAAGAUAAUGACCAUGAAAGCCAAAAAGAGGACCUGGAGCUCCCACUGUUUGACCUAUCCACAAUAGCUGCUGCAACAGAUGAUUUUUCAUUGGAUAACAAGCUUGGUGAAGGUGGUUUUGGACCUGUAUACAGAGGUAGGUUGAAUGAUGGACAAGAUAUUGCGGUGAAGAGGCUCUCGGCGUGUUCUGGACAGGGAAUGAGGGAGUUCAGAAAUGAAGUCACUUUGAUAGCCAAGCUUCAACACAGAAAUCUAGUAAAGAUUCAUGGUUGCUGCAUUGAGGGAGAUGAGAAAUUGCUCAUUUAUGAAUACAUGCCAAACAAAAGUUUAGACUUCUUUAUUUUUGAUCAAACACUUGGUAAGCUAUUAGAUUGGCCUAAGCGCUUCGACAUUAUUUGUGGGAUCGCUAGAGGUCUUCUCUAUCUGCAUCAAGAUUCCAGAUUAAGAAUCAUUCAUAGGGAUUUGAAAGCGAGUAAUGUCUUACUUGAUAGUGAGAUGAAUCCAAAAAUAUCGGAUUUUGGCAUGGCUAGAACUUUUUGGGGGGAUGAAACUCAAGGAAAUACCAGAAGAGUAGCUGGAACAUAUGGUUAUAUGGCACCAGAAUACGCCUUGGAAGGCCAAUUCUCGGUCAAAUCUGAUGUUUUUAGUUUUGGUGUUCUAAUGCUGGAGAUAAUAAGUGGUAAAAGAAGUAAAGGCUUCUACCAUUUGAAACACAAUUUAAACCUCAUUGGAAAUGCAUGGAAUUUGUGGAGAGAAGAGAGGCCUUUGGAACUGAUAGACGAAUGUCUAGGGAACAACUGCUCUGAUUCUGAAGUACUUCGUUGCAUCCACAUCAGUCUCUUAUGUCUGCAACAGCAACCAGAGGACCGACCGACGAUGUCAUCAGUUGUUCAGAUGUUAGGCGGCUCAGGCACCUUACUAGAGCCCUCGCAGCCGGGAUUUCUUGAGGAGAAAAACUCAAACGAUGUAUACACUGCUUCCACCACUCAUGAAUUGGUUUCAAUCAAUGAAUUGACCAUUACAAUGUUUGAGGCUCGAUGAGUAGGAUCUUCUCAUCAUAUGUGAACUAAGAAGAACUAAUGUCCUUAUUCCUUAAUUUCAAAUAUAAACUUCUUGUGUACAAGUUAUGGUAAAAGAUUCUAUGUAUAAACUUAUCAUGAAUAUGAAUGUUCAUUUGCGUCA